ACUUCCGGUAGCAGAAGCUCAGUCAGCUGUCACAAAGUGAGACGGGAAGAGAGACCUCGAAGCGAAGACAAAUAACACGACGAGGGUGAACAUGUCUACUUUUACCAACAAAUUCAGUGACCAUACGUUGACUCAGCUCAACGAAAUGCUAGAGGACGACGAAAAACUUAGCAAAAUGAUACAAGAGAUGGACGAGAUGCAGGAAGUCCAGCAAAGCAAAGAGACAACACAGGUGAACAACAGAACCCUGGCAGAAGAAAACCUUGCCCUCCAACCCAGACUGGAGCUCAAGAAAGAGCAACUUUCCAAGAGAUACGGUUGUCUCCAGGAGAACUUUGAAGCCUAUCAACUGCGCAAGUCCACUCUAGAUCACAAAUCAGGAAACACAUCACUGGACAUUCUGUUGGCUUUACUGCAGGCGGAGGGAGCCAAAGUAGAAGAGGAAACAGAGAAUAUGGCCGACUCAUUCCUGGAUGGUGACAUGACCCUGGAUGCCUUCAUUGAUUCCUACCAAAACCAGAGGAAGUUGGCCCACUUGAGAAGGGUGAAGAUCGAGAAGCUGCAGGAGAUGGUGCUGAAGGGCCAACAGCUUCCACAGGCGUCGGUAUCUACCUCCCAUUCUCAGGAUAUGUCCGCCGCGGCCCGGCCCUCGUCCUCCCUGCUCGCCGAUGCCGCCAACGACUUGUCUCCUAUACUUCAAAUCCGGAGGAAGCCUCCGCCUCCUCCAUCCCAGUCUACCACAAUACCAAACCCAGCUCCAAUCGUCUCCCCCCAGCCUUCAACCUUCUACGCCGUAUCACCUUACCCCCCAAUUCCUCCCAGAACAGGCCAACCCUACCCCGGUUCUUCACCUGGGUAUCCCUUCUUACCUCAGUACCCGCCUGCUUUGCCGCAGAGGCCCCCGGCUCGUGUGGCCCCGCAGCCUGGUUUCAUCAUUCAGUGAAUAAAAGCCAUCGCCACUUGAGGUUAACAGUGUGUGCCAAGGACGAUUCGCAACUGGAACUCCUCUGAGAACAAUUUUUUUUUUUUUUUUUUUUUUGUGGCGUUUUACCAUUUUUGAUUACGACCAAUCCCCACACUGGCCUGAAGGCAGACCAGCACCGUCUGCACCGGAGAAGCCAUUCGGUAAUAACGCGGGGAUGUGUGCAUAGCACUCACUCAACACUCCUAACGAUUUAAAAAAAAAAACAAAAAAAAAAACAUGGAGGAUUUUCUCUCCAUUCGCUCCAUCUGGCCUGAGUCUCCACAGAAGAACGGCCCAGUGUAGCCUCCAGUGACACAAGCUGCCGAGCUUGUCGUUUAUUAGCACUUUUGUCUUCUUUAGUUCCCAUUAAUGUUCCGUCUCUCCUUUACCCUCCAAGGCAUGAUCCUAAAAAAAAUGAUUCACAAUAUUUUUCAUUUGCAGCAUACAAAUAUUACUGUUUAUGCAUAUGCAGCAGAGAGACCAUAUUUACUGUGUUUUGACAAAACAUAUAAUUUCCCAGAAUAUAUUUAGGGGGAAAAGCAUCUAUGCUGUGAUUAGUUUUUCUAUACAAUGGUACAUAGGAAGAUAAUGUAAUUUCAACAUCUUUUUAUGAAUAGUGCUUUAAAAAAAAAAUCUAGACUGAUAAAACACAUGUAAAGGAGAACUUUGUUUGAAUCAAACGUGUGUCUCAAGAUGGUCCAGACCUGCUCUUUUGAAGAUGACCGACUAUUGCACUUGGUCCUUCUCGGGGUAAAGGUCUUAAAGGAACUUGAGAAGAUUGGUGGCUGAAUCGUUUUUUUUGAUAAAUUAACCUGGGCUUUUAGAGAGUCAUAUCAAAGUUGAAGGAUUUUUGUAUACUUGCCAUACAGUACAAUUCUUAUAGUGGGUCUUCUCUGGAUUUCUGUUGUAAUACAGCACUGCUUUGUCAUUUUGUCCUCGGCACCUGCUCAUGUCAACAAUUUGAGUUAAAACUCUGAACGUAUGGUUCUGUGCAAGUUAUCUCACUGAGCACCAAAGGCUUUGCACAGCACUCUGUGGAACCGUUUCUCAGGGCAUUGGAUCCAUGGCAACUGGACUGUUCAGGUUGCCUCAAAUCCAUCCGAUCGAGCUUCAGAUCAGUUCAUUCCCCGAAGACUAGGUAGGACAGCUGCAGUUCUGUGUAAUCUUUGAGCACAUAUUUGGUUCCGCCUCUCAUUCAAGCAGGCUUUGGACUAUCUAGUCUUUGAGCAUGAAUUGAUCAAGCAAUCAGUUCAUCUUCAAAACCGGGUAAACUAGUCUGUUUCCUGUUCAGGUUGUCUUACAGGAGGUUUCGCCUUAAAUCUGAGCAAGCUUCAUCGGUUCAGUCUAGUCUUUCAACAUGAAUUGAUGACAUCUGUCUUUGUUUUUUUUUGUUUCAUGUCUUCUAGCAGACUUCAUUGGUUUAUGCUCAAUAACUAGAUAGGACAGCUCUAAUAUGUCUAGUAGUGUCUUAUUUUGACUAUUAUUCAAGGACAGCUUGGACAAGAGGCGAAACUAAAGACCGAGGUUUUGCGCCAGAAAACCUAGAGUUGUCCUAUCUAGUCUUUCAACAUGAAUUGAUGACAUCUGUCUCUGUUUUUUUUGUUUCAGGUCUCCUAGCAGCCUUCAUUGGUUUAUGCUCAAUGACUAGAUAGGACAGCUCUAGUCUGUCUAGUAGUGUCUUAUCUCAACUCUUAUUCAAGGACAGCUUGGACAAGAGGCGAAACUAAAGACCGAGGUUUUGCUCUAGAAAACCUAGAGUUGUCCUAUCUAGUCUUUCAACAUGAAUUGAUGACAUCUGUCUUUUUUUGUUUCGUCUCUCCUAGCAGACUUCAUUGGUUUAUGCUCAAUGACUAGAUAGGACAAUUCCAGUCUGUCUAGUAGUGUCUUAUCUGGACUCUUAUCUCGAUUCAAGGACAGCUUGGACUAGAGGCGAAACUAAAGACCGAGUUUUUGCGCUAGGAAACCUAGAGCUGUCCUAUCUAGUCUUUGAGCAUGAAUCGAUCAAGCAAUCAGUUCGUCUUCAAAACCGGGUAAACUAGUCUGUUUCCUGUUCAGGUUGUCUUACAGGAGGUUUCGCCUUAAACCUGACCAAGCUUCAUCGGUUCAGUCAAGUCUUUGUUUUUUUUUUUGUUUCAUCUCUUCUAGCAGACUUCAUUGGUUUAUGCUCAAUGACUAGAUAGGACAGCUCUAAUCUGUCUAGUAGUGUCUUAUUUUGACUCUUAUUCAAGGACAGCUUGGACAAGAGGCGAAACUAAAGACUGAGGUUUUGCUCUAGAAAACCUAGAGUUGUCCUAUCUAGUCUUUCAACAUGAAUUGAUGACAUCUGCCUUUUUUUGUUUCGUCUCUCCUAGCAGACUUCAUUGGUUUAUGCUCAAUGACUAGAUAGGACAGCUCUAAUCUGUCUAGUAGUGUCUUAUUUUGACUGUUAUCCAAGGACAGCUUGGACAAAAGGCGAAACUAAAGACUGAGGUUUUGCGCCAGAAAACCUAGAGCUGUCCUAUCUAGUCUUGCAACAUGAAUUGAUGACAUCUGUUUCUGUUUUUUUUUGUUUCAGGUCUCCUAGCAGACUUCAUUGGUUUAUGCUCAAUGACUAGAUAGGACAGCUCUAGUCUGUCUAGUAGUGUCUUAUCUCAACUCUUAUUCAAGGACAGCUUGGACAAGAGGCGAAACUAAAGACCGAGGUUUUGCUCUAGAAAACCUAGAGCUGUCCUAUCUAGUCUUUCAACCUGAAUUGAUGACAUCUGUCUUUUUUUGGUUUCGUCUCUCCUAGCAGACUUCAUUGGUUUAUGCUCAAUGACUAGAUAGGACAGCUCUAGUCUGUCUAGUAGUGUCUUAUCUCGAUUCAAGGACAGCUUGGACAAGAGGCGAAACUAAAGACUGAGUUUUUGCGCCAGAAAACCAAGAGCUGUCCUAUCUAGUCUUUGAGCAUGAACUGAGGAAGCUUGCUAAGCCAAACCUCUUUUUUUAAACAACCCGAACAAUCCAGUCGUGAUGGAUUCAAUGCCCUGAGAAUACAAUUUACCAGGAUGAAAGAGAAUAUUCACAAGCAUGUAUGAAUGUUGUGUUUGUGUUUUAUUGUCGUAAAUGACAUACGUUGUCUGUGAUCCAGUCCAUACGAUUUGGAGCUUAAAACACAUUUUUUUGCACAAAUGCAAGCCGUAUUCCUUCAAGCCGGACUAAACCCCCCAAGCUUUGAAAAAGAACCUUUUCUUGUGGUGUUGAAUAGCGUAUGACUUUUCCCUCUUACCGCUGUCGCUGUGCACUGUUGAGCCGCGAGUGCCUACGCUUGUUGUGACGUUGACCACGUUCUGACUGCUCCGUUUUUUUUUUUUUGUUUUUUUUUCUCUAUUCCACUCACAGACUUUGACCUGGUUGGGAAUUUUUGCCAUUGAGCAUGUGCCAGUGUGACAUCCCCCCCAGGCUUUUUUUUUUUUGCCUACUGGUGCUUGUUAACGUAUGCCUGGUAUGACUUCAAAUAUCGCAUGUGGCGUUUCUUGACAUCAUCGUUGCAAAUUAAGAGGGCUCUGAAAUGCCAUAUUUGUUGUAUAGCUGCCCGCAAAAAUUAAAGGGUAAGAAUACAGAAUUUGGUCAAUGACAUAAUAGAUCCAGCAUUUCUAAUAAGAAAGAUUAUGUUGUGCAUGGCCUUUGUGUUCAGUCUGAAGAUUCCUUUUUGUGUGUUUUUUUUUAAGCUAUUAAGAUGGUUUCGACCUGAUCUGUAACCAUAGUUUUUUUUUCUAUGUGGUUGGUGAUAUUUUUCAGUGUGCUGUUGUAGGUGUUUACUUAUUCUGAAUGUUUAGGUGGAAUUUUAAUGCUAUUUUCAAGUUCAAUAAAUCUCAAAUUUGUGUAUUUUUUAUUUGUCAUGACCACAAAGAAAAACCCCCACUGGUUAAACAAUAUUAGUGUCUAUAGUGUUGGUACAGAAUUAUAUUGUUGUCUUUUAAAUUGAGCAAGUAGGCCCUCUAGUGUCACUGUUUGGUAUUGCAUGAAGCUCCUCCCUGUUUACUGAAUCCCCCAUACAUCCCUAUAUGAUCUAUUUAUGUGGAACUUGCAGUACAAACAAAACUAUAACUAGCUUUAAAAGGUAUAUUCUUGUAUAUAUGCUUGUUCGCUAAUACACUGCUGGACUACACAGGUAUUUCAUUCAAUUUAAAGUUGCGUCCUUCCAUAGAGAGGAAAAUCGUGUGUUUAAAAAAAAAACGCAUUUAUUAAAAACAGAAAAAUAUACAAACUUUUUCAGUGCUUUGGUUCCGAUUUUCUACAAUAAAAGCUCUGAUAAAACAUUCCACUGUUCUCAAAUAUCUUAAUUUUUAUUUUUCUGCACAAAAUAAGAUGAAAAAUAAAUAAACAAAUCAAGAAUAAAGAAAAUCAAUCAGUAAUAAAUAAAUAUAAUAAUAAUA